ACAUCCCCUUCACCCUGCUGUAACGUUAUAAACCUCCACAUCUCCGUCAGAGACUUUAACAGCUGCUUCACACACUUCACACACAGCUUCACACACACCUCAGGAGGAACUCGGGAUCCGUCUGAUUUGAACAAGGUGGAAAAAGAGGAUGGAACAAUUGAAGUUUUCCCAGGCGUAAUACAUGGAUUGUGUGACUAAUGGCUUACUGUUCACUGUAGGAGUCACGGUUUAAGUGGUUUCAAUUCUUUUCAAAUUGAAGCACUGAGGGUGUGUCAGGUACUCAGCGUUACUACCAGGCUACGGCAUGCAGGAUGGGCCAAACUCGCUCGGAUCUAUCGCACAGCACCGCCACCCCCGGCAGAGCGAAGUGGAGAGCAGGAGACACAGCCCAGCAGCGACUCGGUAUCUGCGGCUUUGGGAGCGGAGAGAAGCGACGGGGUGAGCAGCUAAACAGGAAUCCGAUGAAAAAUAAAGUGUUAUCGUGUCUGGGAAGGAGAAAGCGAGACUCCAGUCAAACUGAAGCGGAUCUAGGGUGCGGAAACGGAGCCGGAGAUCCAGCAACGCGCCGCGAUCACAGAGUAGGAAAGUUGCCCAGGGACGAGGUUGUAUCGACGGUUGGGGAACAUCGAGCAUCCCCGGGUUGUUUCGAGACCCCACCUGGCCUGGAUGGUAAUGUCGAGGCUGUCCAAGGCGUCGUGAACCGAGAGGCAGCGGCUGGCUCGUCCGAUGCGUCUGGCUUGGAAACGCGGACCAGCGAAGUCAGCGGAGCGGGCUGCGAGGAGCCGAAAACCGGGCGGGAGGACAAUGCCUCGGAUCCCCCGACGAGGGCCAUGGAUGAUCAGCCUCUGGGGGGAAACAGCCAGGGUCGCUUUGUAUCUGAGGAUUUAACGGGGACUAGUGUGAGUGCAGCCCCGCUGCUCACCUCUGUCCCGGACUCUAAGCGGACUUUCUCUCGCCUGGCCCCGGAUCAACCGUUGGACACGGGGCUGUCGCGAACGGACGACCACGCGGAGGUUAAGAUGACAAAAAGUGACUGUAGUACCGUGUCAUGUCGGCCCAAAGCGGCUGGUGACAGCAACAACUGUUGUCCUAUUGAAAGUAAGGACUCUAAUGAGGCCCCUCGGGGUCCCACAGGGGGCCAAAGUUAUCCAGGAACCAUACCCAAACUCAUCAUAACCAGAGACCCCAGUCCGACCCGUCCUCAGGUGACACCCACCCAGCUGACCGUCCGCACGGAGCUCAGCACCGGCUCGUGUCUGGAUCCCCACCCCGACGAUGAGUCCCCUUGCUCGGACAGCGGCUGCGGAGGGUCUCCUGCGCUCAUGCGCUCACCUAGAAAGCUGUCCAACUCCUCUUCCAUCGGCCUGUCCUCCGCCUCAUCCUUCGAGGAGUCCGAGGACGACUUCACCGGGAGCGACAUCGAGUCCAGUCUGUCUCCUGCCCGGUCCAUGUGCAGCCCGGACGAUGGGACAGGGAAUAAGUCCUGGCAGAAAUUGAAGACCAUGGUUCACUGGUCGCCCUUCGUUGUGUCCUUCAAGAAGCGUUACCCAUGGGUGCAGCUAGCUGGCCACGCAGGUAACUUCCAGGCUGGGGAGUACGGACGCUUGUUGAAGCGAUACUGCGAGUGCGAGCAGCAGUGCCUACAGAAGCUGAUGGAGGACACACUGCGCCCCUACGUGCCUGGUUAUUAUGGUGUAGUAAAGAGAGAUGAGCAGGACUAUAACCUGAUGGAUGACCUGCUGGCUGACUUUGACUCGCCCUCCAUCAUGGACUGUAAGAUGGGAAGCAGGACGUACUUGGAGGAGGAGCUGAUCAAAGCCAGAGAGCGUCCUCGCUUGCGAAAGGACAUGUAUGAGAAGAUGGUGGCAGUGGACCCCGGGGCCCCCACAGAGCAGGAGAGGGCCCAGCAGGGAGUCCUCAAACCCAGAUACAUGCAGUGGAGGGAGACGCUCAGCUCCACAGCCACCCUGGGCUUCCGCAUCGAAGGCAUUAAGAAAGCUGAUGGAACUUGUAACACCAACUUUAAGAAGACAAAGCACAGGGAGCAGGUGAUGCAGGCCUUGGAGGACUUUGUAGCUGGGAACACUCAGAUUCUGAAACUCUACCUGAAGCGGUUGGAGGAACUACGUUCAGUCCUUGAGCAGUCGCACUUCUUCAAGUCACACGAGGUUGUGGGCAGCUCUCUGCUGUUCGUGCACGACGCCUCGGGGAAGGCCAGAGUGUGGAUGAUUGACUUUGGGAAGACGGUACUCCUGCCGGACACUCAGACCCUGGACCACAGGACUCCCUGGGUGGAGGGCAACAGGGAGGACGGCUACCUGUGGGGACUGGACAACCUCAUAGACAUCUUCAGCAGUAUGCUCCCGCAGACACCUUGAGAGAGACUCAGACGACUGCGAUGAGACAUUCUCCAGAUGGUAGAAGAGAUACAAGAUUGGGAGAGGUUGAAGAAAAGGACUGAUGAUUACACAAACUAAGAUUGACAGAGGAAGGAUUAGAAAAGGGUCAUCGGUUUAUGACCCACGCCAUGAUCCAAGUGUCUUUAUCUUAUUGUACCUGUGUGAGAAGGAGAUGAACCAAGAAAAGCGCAAGAUUUCUAUUGCAAAGUGGAAUAUGCCAAAGGCCGACUUCAUGCAUUAAUGCUCCAUUCGUGGGGACAGAUGACCUGCGAUGAGUUGAGGCAAACAGUAGUAGGAUGACAAAGAGGGAGAACUGAAUGCAGAAUUGUAACGUUUAUCUCAUGUACUGUGGAGCAUACAGACCUCUGACAGGCAGUUUUCCUACAAAGGCACACUUAACGUUGCUCAUCUUCCUCCUCAACAUCGCCCUCUAUUGGUUAGAGUCGCACACAGCACUCUCACAACCACGAACUUGAUCCAGAGGUAUGAAACCUUUUGACGCAGCCUUUCAGGAGCAUUGGGUUGUAUUUUUGUGAUGGACUACAUUUGAUGUUUAAGUAUACAGCAACACUAAAACACUGGUCAGACCAGGUGUUAACUAACUCAGUGUGUAAAUACCAUUUUAUUUAAUUUUUUUUGGCCUUGGUAUAACCUCUUUACCUUGUUUGUACGAUUUCUGUGCCUAGCAUUUUUAAAGAGCUGUUUGAUCAUUCCAGUGCAGUGGACUCCUGCUAUUUUUCUUCCAAAGAGUUCGCCCUACAUAUAAUAAUCCCAAAGUUUAACUUCUUGCAGAAAAGUGUUUUCUAAAUUUUUUUUUUUUUUUUUUUUUGUAUGAUAUGCAGUCAGUUUUUUUGCUCGUUUAUCUGUGCAGUAAGCAGCUUGGCAGCCAUGUUUGUCUGGAAUUUGUUGCACUAUGGAUCCUCACAAAGCCAUUGAACAAAUCAAGCGGUGCCUCUGUGUGUCUUAAGAUGGGAAGCAGCAGUCAAGUACUGGGUUUACAAAUGCGGACGUUUCUAACAUGAAUAUAAUUUGUUGUGAUCACUUCAUUCUCUUAAGUCAGUGUUGCUUCAGAUUUGCAGGGAGUUUCACAGCAAAGCAGCAGUGUCACUGGUGAAAUGAUAACUGGAAUUACCUGAUUAAACUGAUAAGUCUGUGUGACUCGAGCUUACAUGUGAUCUUCGGACUGGAAAUUUUUAAUGUGUCUUAUGAUUCAACGGAUGACGAAUCGAAUACAACAGUGUCAC